AUGUACAGGCCCGGGGAGGCGGCGGCGGCGGCGGCGGCGGGGGCCAGACGGCGGCCGGCCGCUCCGCCCGGCCCGCGGGUCCGGACCGUGGAGGUGGCCCGGGGCCGGGGCGGCUACGGCUUCACCCUGGCCGGGCAGGGGCCCUGCGUCCUGAGCCGCGUGGUGCCCGGCGGCCCGGCCGACCACGUGGGCCUGCGGCCCGGCGACCGCGUCCUGGGCGUCAACGAGAUCAACGUCCGCAAGGCCUCGCACGAGGACGUGGUCAAGCUGGUGGGCAAGUGCUCCGGCCUCCUGCGCCUGGUGGUCGGGGAGGGCCGGGCCCCGCCGCCGGGCUCGGGCUCCAGCGACGAGGAAGCGGGGCCGGCCGACGGCCCCGGCCGGCCGAAGCCCCGGCUGGACUCCAGGGCCCUGGGCAUCGACCGGGCCGAGAGGGUGGUGGAGGACCUGCGGGCGGGGGGCAUCUUCGGCCUGCUGUUCGACCGGCCGGAGCCCCGGGCCCGGGCCGGGCCCGAGCGGCGCUCCCUGUCCGAGUCGGCCGCCGCCCGGGCCGACCGCGGGCCCGAGCCCGUCGUCGCCUCCCGCUCCUUCCCCGAGGCCGGGCCGGCCGCGGACGGGGAGGACGGGGACGGGGACGAGGAGGCCGCGGUGUUCGGGCCCGAGGCCGCCCGGCUGGACGCGGGCAUCCUCAACGUGGCCAUGGUGGUGGGCUACCUGGGCUCCAUCGAGCUGCCGUCCACCGGCUCCAACGUGGAGCACGACAGCCUGCAGGCCAUCCGCGGCUGCAUGAGGCGCCUGCGGGCCGAGCAGCGCGUCCACUCCCUGGUCCUGCUGCGGGUCCUGCACGACCGCGUGCAGCUGUGCGCCGACCGGCCGGGCCCCGCCGUGGCCGCCUACCCGGCCGACAAGCUGGCCUUCAGCGCCGUCUGCCCCGACGACCGCCGCUUCUUCGGCCUGGUGACCGUGCAGCCCGGCGACGGCGGGGCCGGGCCGGCCGCCGGCCCCCGCGACGACCCGGGCGACCUGCGCACCUCCUGCCACGUCUUCAUGGUCGACCCGGACCUGUUCGCCCACCAGGUCCACCGCGGCAUCGCCCGGCGCUUCGGCUUCCGCUGCACGGCCGACCCGGACACGGACGGCUGCCUGGAGUUCCCCCCGUCCUCCCUGCCCGUCCUGCAGUUCGUGUCCGUCCUCUACCGGGACAUGGGGGAGCUGAUCGAGGGGGUGCGGGCCCGGGCCCUGCCCCGGGGGGACGCCGAAGCCCCCCACCACAACAACAGCACCAGCAGCGACAGCGGCAUCGGCAACUUCCACCCGGAGGACAAGGGCAACCGCGUCCUGGUGGUGGACCUCGGCGGCCCGCCGGGCAAGCACCCGCCUCCGCCCGCCGCCGCCGGGGGCCCGCGGGAGACGGAGCCGCCGCCCCGGAGGAGCCCCCUGGGGCCGGCCGGGCCGGGCCCCCUGGCCGGGCCCCGCCGGCCGCCCGGGCGCGGGCUCCGGGACUGGCCCCCGGGCCCCGCCAGCGACCAGGAGUCCUACACCGACUCCACCGACGGCUGGUCCAGCGUCAACUGCGGCACGCUGCCCCCGCCCAUGAGCAAGAUCCCCGCGGACCGCUACCGGCUGGACGGCGGGGGCCUGGCCGCCCCCCAGCUCGGCGGGCCGAAGCACCAGUGGCCCAGGAGGGCUUUUGCCGGCCAGAACCUCUUCGGCCCCCACCGCCACGUCCGCAAGGCCAAGGACGACAAAAAGGUGGCCAAACCGGGGUCCGGGCCGGGUCUCUCCCAGCCUGCGCAGCGCAGCGCGGCUCGGCGAUCCUUCGGCAGAUCCAAGAGAUUCAGCGUCACCCGCUCACUGGACGACCUGGAGGCUUAA